AACAUUUAUCCGAAAUUUUGUAAAUUUUUUUGUACUCACGUAAAUAGAUCUUCUUUCGUAAAUAUUAUUUAUAAAAGAACCAAAAAAAAAAGAGACGUUAAAAAUUCAAUUCAUCCUUUUUUCCCCUCAUCUUCCCUCAUCCUCCCUUUUCUUUCCUUUUCUUUCCUUUCCUUAAAAGAAAAACAAAUUUAAGAUUAAAAAAUGGGUAAUAAAUCCUUUCAAUCCCCUUCACGUUCAUUAUUAUUACAAUUAUUUAUUCCUCCAUUAAUCAUUUUUUUAAUGUAUCAAUAUAUAUAUUCGGGACCAUUCUAUCCCUUAUCAUGUCAGUUAUUCAGUUUAAAUUGUCCAAAAGCAAGUGAUACGCUCACAGGAUUUGUUGAUCCUGAAUUUUCAGAGAUAAAAAAUAUUUUUAAAAAAAAUAUUGAAAGUGGAUCAGAAAUUGGAGCAAGCGUUACAAUUUAUUAUAAUGAUAAGAUUAUAGCAGAUUUAUCUGGUGGAAUUGCAGAUUGGAAUACUGGUAAAUUAUAUGAUAAAGAUACUUUACAAUUAGUAUUUAGUAGUACUAAAGUAUUAACCAGUUUAGUAGUUGCUAAAUUUGUUGAAAAAGGAAUUCUUGAUUAUGAUGAAAAAAUUUCUACUUAUUGGCCAGAAUUUGCUCAAGGAAAUAAAGAAAAUGUUACUUUAAGUCAUUUAAUGACUCAUAGUGCUGGUGUUGGUUGGUUUGAUAAUUAUUUAACAAAAAUAGAUGACCUUUCGGAUUUGGAUUCUUUCUCGAAAAUUCUUGAAUCUCAACCUCAUAAUUUUGGUGGUGUUCCUAAAAGAUCUUAUCAUGCAUGUACAAGAGGUUAUUAUUUAAAUGAAAUUAUACGUCGUGUAGAUUCAAAUCAUCGUACUAUUGGACAAAUCGUACAAGAGGAAAUUAUGCCAACUUAUGAUAUUGAAUUUUAUUAUUCUACACCUGAAGAUAUUUAUAAUUCAAGAGUAGCUCAAAUUUAUUCUUAUCCUAUACCAAGACUUUUACCCAAAUUAUUUUUACCUAAAUGGUUAAUUAUGAAUCCUGUACAUCAUAUGUUCCAUAAAAUGUUUGAUCCAAAUACUCCAACUUAUAAAACUUUGGUAUCUUCAUGUCCUAAUCAAGCACAACCAAAAGAUUGGAAUGCAAUAGAUAUGCUUAAAGUUGAAGGUCCUUCUUAUAGUGGUAUAACAAAUUCACGUAGUAUGGCAAAAUUAGCUGCUAUAAUGGCGAAUAAUGGUAAACCUCUUCCUGAAAAUGAAGGUGUUGAACCUAUACUUUUAAAUAAUGAUACUUUGAAAAAAUUUCUUGAAGAGGAUUCAUCAGAAUCUGAUAUUUCUAUAUUAGAAGAUAUUACCAUGUCUAAGGGUGGAAUUGGUAUUUUCCGUCUCAAGGGUAUUGAUGAUUAUGAAUUUUUAGGUUGGGGUGGUUCAGGUGGUAGUUUAUUUUUAUGGAAUGUAGAAUUAAAAAUUGGUUUCGCUUAUUGUAUGAAUGCUUUUCAUACCGCUCUCUUAGGUGAUGAAAGAAGUUUAGCUAUGUUAAAAGAAACUGUUAAUACUGUUUUACGUUUAAAAAAUAUUAAAGAGUAAUGACGCGUAUUUUUUUUAAAAUAUUUAUACAUAGAUUAAUAAUAUACAUAUACCGUAUAUAUAUAUAUAUUUUACAUAAAGAUUAUAUGAUAUACAUUUUUGCAUUCGCAUUUGUAUAAUAUUUGCACAUUCCUUCUUCAUUCUUCUUCAACUUCAUUAAAAAAAAAACGCGUCAUAAUUUUUUUCCAUGAU